AUGGGUCACAGUGUAUCAAUUCUAAAGGAAAACGACGAGGAAGACGAAAAAGUCGGCGACGAGUAUCAGGACCACGUGAAAAGCACUGGAAUCCGGGUAUUUCCGGGCGAACUUCUCCCGUCGAUGCAACUUUUGACCGACGAACGGGCCGUUUAUUCGCUGAUCGCCGAGUCCGACUCCACUCUAGUCGUGAUGCGACGCGAGAAAUUCUCAAAGUCUGGAAAUUCUCAAUUUUUCAUUCUCAUUAGACAAAACGAAAUUAGCCUCGAUAUACAAAAAAAUUGCUUUUAAACGAGAAAAAAGUGUUCUAUUUUGGAGUUAUUCUGAAGCGGGAAAGAACUAAGGGAUGCCAGAGUGAUCCCUAUAGGGGUUAGGGGAAUCAAAAGCCCCUCUAAGGGACAAAUAGUGCUCCCUAUAGGGGUUCAAAAUUGACCUCUAGGCCCCUAAGGCUUAAGUGGCCCCUACAACGGUUCCUUUAUUCAAACUUGAAGGUUAAAAAAUUAGUGACCGCUUUAGGGUUCUGUUGUUUCUUAGCCACGGUUGUAGUCAAAUAAAUGACCGCUUAAAUGGCCUCCUUAGAGGUCUAAUUUGUACUACUAUGAACUACUGUAGUGGCUUCUAAAAAGCUCGUUUUAGUGGCCACUCUAGGGCAUCUCCAAUUAUUCCUUGAGCAACUACUUGAGUGGCCACUAGAGUUUUUCACCAGGUGGUAGUAAAAUUGAUCGAUUAAUCUCAAUCUGGUGUUUCUCAAACUUAAAACGCUAUUUUUUGAGUUUCUCCCAAGAAAAUGCUCCAUUUAAAAAUAAACGACUAGCAUUUCCCCUUUAGGGGUCAUUAAUCUUUAGCGCUCCCUGUGGGGAGACGUAAGGCGGCUUUAGAGGGAGUUCUACAAGUGUCCCUAAGGUUGCCACUGUAGAGACCACUCUGGCGUUUCCUAAGAACGUUUAUCCGAUGAAAGCGUCGUCAGCUUUUCCUUCUGAAUUUUUUUCGUUUUCAGGUUCCUUGAGAGCCAUCCGCAAGUCUACGUUCCUAUAGCUCAUAACAUCUUACGAUUUCUUUCUCCGUUCGUGAGAAGCGUUGAUUUCGCUCUCGAAUGGCUGAGGGUCGACUCCGGACAGGCGAUUUAUAGGUCUUGGAAAAGAUUUGGAAAACAUUCGAAAUAGGAACUUAAUCGUGAACUUGAUUCGUUUCGAAUAUUUUUGAAGUUCCUUGUAACAUUUAGAAAGCUCUUUUUCUGAAAUAUAUUUUCAGCUUUUCAAAGAUAUUAAGAUUGAGAAGAGAGCUACUUCGUGGUCUUUGAAAAAUUAGCGAAUAAAAAAAAACCAAUAUUUUCAAAGAAAAUGAGGUAGUGGAAGGAAGAAAGUGCUCCUUAAAGGGAUAUGAUUAAAAUAGCAAAAUGUAUUUUUUCUGAUAAUUUUAUUGAGCAUGAUACCAGAAAGAUAGUUCAGAGAGGGUAGUUCCGUUAUUCCACAGAAAUUCUUGAUUUUAAAAAAAAUCAGCUUUUUUAUGUAUUUUUCAAACAAGGGUUCAAGUAAUUAGAGCUUUCCGAUAAUUUUGAGCAAUAGAAUUUCCAAGGUUUUUCUUCCUUGUUCUGAAGUUCCGUAGUAAGCCCGAAAAAUGGAAGACAUUUCAAGAAUAUGAGAAAAAAUGGUGCUGAGCUCAAAUUACACUUUGGACUCGUCUUUGAUUUUUUUUUUUCCUGAAAGAUUAUUUUAAGAGCUGGAGAAAUAGCCGACACAAUGUACAUCGUGCUGAGCGGACGGCUUCGAUCCGUCGAGAAAAAGACGGUUUUGGAGGAAUUUGGAAAAGGAGACGUUCUUGGAUUGGUAGGCUUUGGAACUGCCGAAUUUUCUUGGAGAAAAAUAUUCAGAUGGAAAUGACGGAGAAGAAAAAUCGGGCGAGUACUGUACUCGCUGUCCGAUUUUCCCAAUUGGCCUGUAUCCCUCAAGGACUUUUGAACUAUUUUAAGCUGACUCAUCCUGAGGUUUUUUUUAUGGAAAAUAAUGUUGCGCGUUUUUUUUAAUACUUCACUUAUUUCAUACAUUCCUCAGUCCUAUUUUUAAGCGAAAUAAAUUCAAAAAAUCAAUAUUUUUCAAUUUUGCAAGUUCAACUGUGCAUGCAACUAAAUCCGACUUUGCUUAAGAACUCCAGAGCGGCCCCCAUAGGGAUUAGAUAAAUAAAACAAACUCUACUGGCGGUCCCUAAAGGGGAGACUUCAAACGUUGCCCCUAUAGGGACUACUUUGGCGUUCCUAAGUGCAGAGAACGUGAAAUCAGAUUCUACUCAAGCGAUAACUUGAGAGCCCUUAGUGGCCACUUGAGUGCUGGCUUCCUUUCCAAGUGAUUUUGGAAGUUCAUCACCUGUCGUGGAACUUUUUUGAGUUGCUUCCAAGACUUUCAGUUCGUUCCUUGAAACGGAAAAAUGGCUUAAAGACGUUUUCGCGUUCUCCAUGUUUUUGAGAUGUCCACGAAGUCUUGGAUCUUAUUUUGUCGAAACCUGAAAUUUCUCAGGUCGGAGUCCGUUUGAUCCAACUGCUCAGAAAGUGCUGGAAACAGCCAUUUUCUGUGUCUUCCCUGCCUCAAGUUCCCGCCGACGCCGGUCCUACAUCCUUCCGUCAUAAUAAAGUCAAAUUCAGCCUUUUUUAAGAAAAUUUCGAGGGUUGAGAGCUAGAAAAUUUGUGGGUACUUGAGGUCCUCCUGAUUACAGAUCAGUUAUAAUUGAAAACCCUUUUUUUUUAAUUUUCAAGUUUUUCGAGUGCGGGAGAAAUGCGAUAUCGCUCCUAGGGAAAGCGAGUCGCACGCAUUUUUUCUUUUGUAAGUUUUCAAAUUUUUUUCAAGUGCGAGAGAAAUGCGUAUCGCACCUAGGGAAAUGCGACGACAGUGCGGCAUUUUCGCGAUUUUUUCAAUUUACCGUCAUCGACCACGCUUUUCUGUCACGUCGGAUUAGACAAUUAUCUUUUGAAUACUAGAGAAAGCUUCGAUUUCAGGAGGACCAUUUGGACCCCCAAAAUGUAAAUAAAUAUCAAAAUAUCAUUCGAUCUGUAAUCCGGAGGUCCUUUAGUUACCACUCUACAAAGUAUCCUUGAAAUCUCUCCCCUCAACCUUUUGCCCUUUCUUCGUAAAAUCAAAUGAAAGAAAUUGAGAAUCUUCAGAAUCUCCGAACGAUAGCCUUGGUCCCUGCCUGUGCCGAUGUCCCACUCGUCGCCUUCACUUGCGAGUUCUACAACGCCUUGUCGGCUCAUCUGAAAGUUCUCCGGAUCAGCAGCACCCAGCUCAACGCCAGAUUCAGUUCUAACGUUUUGGAGAAGUUCGUGGAAUAUUACAAGGGAUAGCAAGUGAUUCAAAAAUCGAAAACAGGCCUAUACGCUUUACUAUGUAUGAUAUCAUUCUAAUGAGAGCGGAAAAUCGGGGAAUUCUGUUCUGGAAAACCUAAAGUUUCGUUUUUUGAGACGUUUAGAAUGUUUAGUUUGUGUAUAAAAAUGGUCAUGUUUCAUGAAAUUUACGGGCAAUUACGGAAAUGAGAUUGAUGCGCGAUAUCGCUUGUGCGAUCUCGUAAAAGUGCUUCUUUUGAGUCGCGCCGAUCUCGCAUUUUUCUUGGCGCGACCUCGAACUGGGAAAAUUUGCACAUUUCUUUGAGUUCGAUAGAAACGCGAUGUCGCAAAAGGCGCCUCCUCGAUUUAUUGAAAUCUGCGAGUUUCAAGUGCGAAAGAAAUACGAUGUCGCAAAGGCGCCUCCUCGAGUUAUGCAUAAUUGCAAUUUUCGAGUGCGAGAGAGAAGCGAUGUCGCGCGAGGCACCGCCUGCCGCUCCCACUUCAUCGAACUGAGCUAGAGUGUCAUAUUAUCUUCAGUAAAGCUCCGAAAAACCUUCUCCAUGUAAAAAAAAGUUUUCCAAAGAAGAACCAUUCAGAAAAUUCGACUUUAUGCUGAUGCAGUACCUGAACGUGCAGGAGAACUCGUAUCCGCUGAUCAUUUAUGAGUGCGACUUCGGGCCGACGGCUUGGACCAGUCGAUGUCUUCGUCAGGCCGACGCCGUCAUCGUCGUCGGCCUUGGAGAUCGACCUCCAGAAGACCAAGCCCUGGCCACUCAGCUUCUGGCGGCGAAUGAAAGAGUGAUCCGAUCUAACAAGGAACUCGUGAUCCUCUGGCCGGAUAAAACCCGCUCGCCGAGUAAUACGGGGAAGUGGCUCCGCUAUAGCUUCUUUUCUGGACAUCAUCAUGUCAGGUGAUUUUUCCUAGGUUUCAUAGAAGCCUUUUUUUCACACUGAGGUUGUUCAUUGAAAUCUCGCUAAAAUUCCUACGUCUCGAAAUGUUUCGAUUCAUUUAUUUCGAGCCGAUUCAAUCGAAAAUAUCGAUUUUCAUAUUAAAAUUGAAGUUUUUCGAGAUUGUUGUUUCAUUUCCCCGCUUCACGGGUCAGUUAAAUAGCUUAUAAAACUGAACUGAUAUUCCUGUUUUCAUCGUGUCCCUCUAAUGUAAAUGAAAAAUAUUUCUAUGAUAUGCUUUCCCCGGAAUUCUCGAAGCAGUUAGGAAACUUCAGAAGAUAAAACUUAACGGAGACUGUUUUCAGUCGAAAAUAAGUAGGUCUAGAAUAAAUCUUGAAAUAUUUCCAGAGCUCCCGAAAGAAUGUACCAGUUCGGGACAAACUGCGACGAAAAGACCAUAAUCAAGUACUACGAAAAGCACGUUUUCGGCGUCACGGAUCCCUUGAGUGAUUUCGCUCGGCUGGCGCGCAUUUUCACUGGAAACGCCGUUGGAAUCGUUCUGGGCGGGGGCGGAGCCCGAGGCGCGGCUCAUGCGGGAGUCAUGCGGGCGAUCCUGGAACAGGGCAUCCCAGUCGACCUCAUCGGCGGCACCUCAAUUGGAUCGCUCUUCGCCGGGAUGUUUGCGGGAAGCCCGAAUAAGAAGGCUUUCCAGCGGUUCCACGACUUCUUCUCGGUUUAUCCUCGACAAAGUCCAUUUUAUUUUGGGGCUGGGAACUUCUUGAAAAUUUGUCAGAGUACUUCUUGAAGUGCUAGGUGAAGAUACUGAAAGUAUAGUCCGUUUUUCGCGACUUCUCUGCGCCCUCCUUGUCUCUCGACGACCCUCUCAUGUUGACGUACUAUUUUCAUGCUUCUCUGACCUCACCCCUGAGGGAACAGAGAGACGCAGACACUGAAACUUCUCAAGACUUUAGAACUUUCUAUUCUUCGGAAAGACGCCUCAAAGUCGGAAGAAACUAUCAAGAUCCUAGUCUUUGAACCUUCGCUCCUCGAAAACCAGGAAGUUUUCCAGAUUAAGACUUCUAGAAUACCUAUCUACUACAUCAAAGAGUAUUCUGAAUAUUUUUCGGAAAAAUCUCAGCCUUGAAGUAAAAUGAACUACUUCCUCAGUACCAUGAAUAAUCGGAUCUAGGCGAUCAACGUACUCUGGAGGACGAUAUUCCUCGACUUGACCUAUGCUCAUUCGGCAUUCUUGACCGGAGUCCGAUUCAAUAGAGUAGUCGAAGAUCAGUUCAAAAAGACGGAAAUCGAAGAUCUCUGGAUAUCCUACUUUUGCGUUUCGACAGACCUCACGUGAGUACCAGAGACUGAGCUGCUGACGGUGCGCCCGGGGUAGUCCCGCGGUCCAAAGGAGUCGCCCCGGGGCGAGCCGAUCCGCAGUGUAGAACGUAUUCAGAUAGAAAUCUGUUCUGAUCAGAUUAAAAAGUAUUGAAAAUAAAUAAAUACUUUUUUCAACCCGAUAAGUUAUUGGAAUAUGUCUCACAGAACGUCCAAGAUGAGGAUCCAUCGUUCCGGACUUCUUUGGCCCCUGGUCAGGGCUUCGAUGACCAUAGCGGGCUAUCUUCCGCCCCUGUGCGACCCUUCAGAUGGACAUCUUCUCGUCGACGGCGCCUACGUCAACAAUCUUCCAGCCGACGUCAUGAGGUCCUCCAGAAUCGGAAGAAGACGUUGAACCGAUCUUCAGAUCCCUGGGAGCCCGAGUCGUCAUCGCCGUGGACGUCGGAGUGACCGACAAGAACCUCGGCACCAACUACGGAGUAUCUCUCAACGGCUUCUGGGUCCUAUUCAAGAAGAUUUUCCCUCUGGGCGAACCUAUCAAAGUUUUGAACAUGAGCGAAAUUCAAGUUCUCUUCGUUUUAAAUGACCAAAAGAUUAUCUUUUUGAAGAACCGUCUGGCCUUUGUCUGCUGUGAGAAGCAACUGGAAGAAAUCAAGAAAGCCCCGUAUUGUCAUUAUUUCCGGCCGCCCAUCGAAUCUUUCGAUCCUUCUGAUUUCUCUCAAUUCAACGUAGCGGCGGUAACUUUUGGAUUUAAAAUUUUUUUUCAAAGAAAAUGUCAUUUUAGAGCUUUUCAUAAUGAUUCUAACGGUAUACAUGAAAUGAAAAAAAUUUUAUUGAUUUCUGGAAAAUUAGUUCUUAUAAAUAAUUUGAAAGUUUAAACCCCCCCAUCAUAAAUAUCACGAGAAAAGGGAAAGCAAUGAAUCUCGAUUUUUUUCUCAAAUUUUGAUCUUUUUUUGAACAUUUUUUUGCUCUCAAUGGAAAAACUCUGAUGUUGAUGAAAAAAAUUAAAUUUUGUCCAAGAGAACCGUAGUAAAUUUUGUUAUUUUUCGAUUGUAGUUCACGUAAAAUUAUCUUUUCCUUAUUUUUUUUUCAACACGGCUUUUUUUGACGACGCGUCCAUGUUUUUUUUUUCCGUAAAGUACAGUGUGUCGGGUGCAUGCACUGCGGCGCUCUCCCACAUACCGUUUUCAAAGUAAUUUCCGCAAAAUCAAAAUCACCCCGGAAUUUCCGAAAUUCAGUUAUAUUUUUCAUUCUCUGGUGGCUAUUUUGAACUUCGCGGUAUAAAUUUCAACACGGCAUUUGUUUAAAAAAAUGAAACAGAAAAAUCGCAUUUUUUAAAAAGAAGAAGUCGAUUCGUCUCAGGACCUAUUGAACAUGCGCCUUUAAUAUUUUCUGUUGUUUACGCGUUUUUCCCAUGACGUCACAUGGGAACGGCGCAAGUUUUGACCACGCCCUCUUCAUUUUUGGGUUCACCUUUUUUUCCACUGACAAAAACGUCGUGCGAGAACAAGCCCUACAAGAUGAUAGCUCUAAUAUUUUUUCUACAGUCUAAAAACUGAAAAUUGAAGGACAUUGGCUACGCCUACGCGAUAACGCGACUCAAAGACCUGAUGAGCAACGAAAAAACGCGCGCCGAACUUUUGGGCUCCGUCGUCCAAACCUUCUUCGAAAGGAGGAGAUUUGUCCCAAAUGUAGCCUUCUUCCAAAAAAAAUCAUUCUCAUUAUUAUUUUCAAUUAGAUGAGGGACAAGUUCACAAGAAUGGCGGCUUCGAUUUCCAAGGUCCCAAGACUUCCCCUGACCUGUUCAUCUUCGUCCGAUCUCUCUCAAAAGGUGCAGGAAAUAUCCUCAAAGUUAAUCAAAUUCAUUUCAGGGAUCCUCAAAAUCCGAUUCCGAAUCGACAAAUUCGACACAAUUUUCUUAA